GUAGGAUGCAACCACAAAGUGACAGAUUCAACAGAGACGAGCGAUCCAUUCACAGGACAACACCUCAGCCUGUUGCAUUGCAGACUGUAGGCAUGGCAGGGACAGUGAGGAAUGAUACUGAGAUGGCAAUGAAAGUCAAGCAGCAGCUGUCCCAAUGCACAGACCCCAUUGAGAAGCUGAGGCUCCAGUGUCUAGCCAGGGGGGCCUCCGGCAUCAAGGGACUAGGAAGGAUGUUCCGCAUCAUGGACGACGACGAAAGCAAAACGUUGGAUUUCAAAGAGUUUCAGAAAGGGCUCAAUGACUUCGGAGUGGUGGUUGAGAAGGAAGAAGCCUUGAAAAUCUUCAGCCUCCUGGAUCAGGAUGGGGGGGGAACGAUCGACUUCGACGAGUUUCUCACAGCCCUCAGACCUCCCAUGUCCAACGCCAGAAAGCAGGUCAUUUCGGAAGCGUUCAGGAAGCUGGAUAGGACCGGGGAUGGAGUCAUAACGAUCGAAGACCUGCAGAACGUUUACAAUGGCAAACACCACCCCAAAUACAAAACCGGAGAGUGGAGCGAGGACCAGGUCUUCAGAGCCUUCCUCGACAACUUUGAUUCGCCUUACGACAAAGAUGGAAAGGUUACAUUGGAGGAGUUUAUAAAUUACUACAGUGGAGUGAGCGCCUCCAUCGACAGCGACGCCUACUUUGUAGCGAUGAUGAGAAAUGCAUGGAAGCUGUAGGCUGCUCACAGGGUGUCAACGGAUGAGUUUUUUAAUUACUACUCAGGAGUUCGUGCCUCGAUCGACAGUGACGUCUAUUUUAUCUUGAUCAUGAAAAACAGCUAGGGACUUUAGAGGCUGGGGUGAUAAACAACUACCCCCCAACUCAUCUGCAACUGGCAAACAGCAUUUAUUGUACUAUCUUAAGCAAUGUUUCUCAUAACCAGGUGUUCACCUUUUGUUUGUCCAAUUGCACCACCUGCUGGCAAUACUGAAGAGCAUGUUAUGGAUUGACUGUACUCAUGAUCAGUAUUUGUUUAGACUAGAUAUAGCUUAUGUCAACUGGGGACAGGCGAUUAAUGGAACGUAAAAAAUAAAAUGUGAACGCAUGUGAGAGAAGACCUUGUUGAUUUUGUGUCUUCAGAAGCACUGACCCUCUGAACAUUUCCAACAUGUUUCCUGUUGCAACUUAAGUGGCGUGAAGCAACAACUUCUUAGUAAAUAGUAUGAGGCUUUGUAGCUAACAAUAAAAGAAAUGUAAAUGGCACAAACACGCAUCUGAAGAAAACUGCGCUCUGUCAUUAUGCAAAACAAGUAUCCAAGUUCAUUUUCAUACAAAUGCAAACCACUAACAAUACAUAAGUUUUAAUGUAAUUCACAGAUACAUUUGAUAUGACAAAUCUUACAUAAACCACCUUGAAACACAAGUGUUAUUUUUCACUUCUUUUCAAUUUAUUUUUAUACUAAAGCUGAAAGCAGAAUUUAACAGGUCUUUAGCUCUUCCAGGCUCACCUUUAUCGAGCGGGACAAGGCUCAAAAUACAUUUUUGCAAGGACAUACUCCUUGACAAUCCCUACCCCCCUAAAACAGAUCUACUCUGAAUUACACUUGUACGGAUUCCUUGGAAUAUGUUAACUGAAAUGACUUUAAAAUAUUGCCUUUCCUGAAAGGGCAGAAACUUUUAUUAUAAUCCCAAAUAGAUCUUUUGGGAAAAUUAGACAUCAGAAGAAAAAGAAAAAAAAAGUUUAAAAAAAAAAAGACAAUCAGAGCAUGAAACAGAAAAUAAAAAUGGUUUCAGUCACAGGUAACCAGAUUUUAUUAUUGUUAUAUACACCCCCCGCCGAACACAGAAAUCUGUUAUAGAGCUGGCAGUACUGCAAUUGUACAGAAUUCACGUUACAACCUGGUAGGUAACUGCAAUGAGCUUCAGGCCAUUUGAUCCUGGGGUUGAAUCCCAUGUCAGCCACAAGUCACUCGCUGUGUUACCACUUGAGCGACUUUUUCCUCUCAUUGCACUUUGGUCCCACCCUGCUAGAACACUGGACGGUAAGCAGGUCAGCAGCCCAUCAGCCCGCCUCCCCUCCCCUCCCAGCCAAACACACAGACGCUUCACCUCAUUCAGGCAAGGUUUAGAAAUCCCAAUAAAACAGAGUACAUGUUUUUUUUUUUAUAUAAAUAAAAGAAUGAUACUGCGAUCCUAAAUUAGCCAUUUGGUCAUUGUAACACUACCCCAGUUUGGUAUUUGAAUUAAUUUAAUUAUAUAUAAAACUUCACAUCCGAAUCCAUGGCAGAAUAGCCGAACGAGCAUGCCCAUGACAACACGAGAAAGUUCAUACCUCCAUUUGUGAACCCUGCGACUGGUCGGGUUCUCUUAUGCAUUUUGCUAUUUAGCAGCAUGGGAAAACGAACCACAAAAACUCCCAGCAACAAUGCAGUUAAAAAUACCAAAAAGUAAAAUUAAAAAGAGAGAAUGGGAGAUCAACCUGUUCAAAAUUAAUACAGUUUCAACAAUAUAUCACACUUGAGGGUGUUUUUUUUUUAAUAUUUCCAAUUCCAAGGCUUCCUGCAGGAGGAUGAGGAGAAGCAGCAGCACACUACUUUAGAACAGUAUACAAAUCCAACUGGGGACGGAACGGGGCAGGACAGGGAACACACACAAAGUUAAAAGGGCUGCUAAACUUGACUGGAUAACAGGAGAAAUCUUUUAUAUUUUUUAAACUAAGCAAACCGAUUUUGUAGUGAAAGACAACAGAUUAAAAAUUCAGCUGGUCUUCCCGCUCGGUUUGCUUUUAAAGACAAAAAAUACCCCCCCGCCCCGAGUUGACAUUUGGAACAGAAGCUCAAUUUCAUUGGAGGGCCAGGAGAAGGCAUGUGACAAUGCUGAUGGUACAGGGCAACCAUUUUGAUGCAGCUCUUUGUCUGCUCUUAAGGGGUGAUGUGGUUGACACCGCGUUCCCUUUCAAAUUUGCAUCAGACAGCUCGACAAUCCUGCUGUUUGCAUAGAAAGCACAGUGAACUUCCAAGGUUCUGCAGCAGACCUUCGUUUACUGCCAGCUACAGGUUUACAAUGUUUUUAGUACUAUUAGCAAAAUGUUGCAAGGCUUUUUUGAUACAAGAGUCACAGACUGAAGCAAUCUUAUCAGUUUGGAGAAUGGGAGCCCCCACAGAUUUGUGGAAUUUGAUACAACAGCCUGUUGAUCCUUCAAGUCAAGUCUAUCUGCCCUUCCGAGAAAGCAAAACAAUUACAAUAAGUUGUACAAAAAAAAGCAUGUUUCUUUUUCCUCUUUCAAAAACUCUUGUCACUCCAGAGUUUAUUAUCCAAAGAAAUUAACAAAAAAAAAAAUGAAUAAAAAAGUCAGCACAAUACAAACCCCCAAAACAAAUGGAAAUAGAACUAUAUGUUUUAGAAUGCUUUAGGUUUUGAGAAUUUGUUUCUUAAAAAACACACACACUCACACAGUCAAAAACUCAGCUAUUGGAUACCAGUCUCCUGAGCUUUUGUAAACUUUUUUUUUUUUUUUCCUGGAGUCAUUUAUGCUACACCUCUGUGGUAGAUCCAUCACAGCACAGCACACUUGUAUCAUAUGUAACAGGGUACUUCUACUGCUGCCAACUGAACUGCCCGACAGACAACGGUGGCUAGUGUGUGUUUGUAUGCAGGUCAGUGGAGAUUGAUUCUGCAGACAAUGGAACUGAACACUGGAACCUUUUACAAAUGAGUCACAAAGUAAAACAAAAAGAGUCCCAAUUAUGUGUAGUCAGGGGACUAGAUUCCUAGAAAAACUUAAAAGCUCUCUUGGAAAUCGACAUUCCGGAGGUAAAACUGUAGUCUUAAAUGUGCCAUGUCUACUGGAGAGGAGGAAACCGCGUUCGCCUCUCUCACUCAUCAAUAUGAUGAGCUUCCAAGUCCCAAACCAAAGCCGUAAAGUCUUCGCA